UUCAUUCGGUUGACAGCGAAGGCAGGAUUCAACAUGAGAAGAGAUUGGUUAUAGGAAUGAGUAUAGAAAUCCCUGCAGGGCUGACGGAGCUGUUGCAGAGCUUUACAGUGGAGGUGUUGAGGAACCAGCCGGGAGAUCUGGUCGAGUUUGCCCUGCAGUAUUUCACCAAGCUGAAGGAAAGUCAGAGCAAAGAGGCAGCUGUUGACCAUGAGCGAAACUCGGCGUUUAGACCUGGCAAGGGGGUCAAUUUUGUCGAGGAGCCCAUGCAAACUGAUUCAGAAAACGGAGAGGAUGACGACGAUGAUGAGGAAUUCAUAGCCCCGGAUAUCAACAGAUUUACAAGAAGAGCAUCAGUUUGUGCUGAAGCCAUCAAUCCAGAUGAUGAUGAUGAAGAUGCAGAACCCAAGAUUAUUUAUCCCAAAGCAGAUGAACAAAGAAUUAGACUGCAGGAAACAUGCAAAGAUAUUCUUCUGUUCAAAAACUUAGACUCGGAACAGAUGUCUCAGGUAUUGGAUGCCAUGUUUGAGAAGCUAGUCAGUCCUGGUGAACACGUAAUUGACCAAGAUGAUGAUGGAGAUAAUUUCUAUGUUAUUGAAAGAGGAACAUAUGACAUCAGUGUAAAAGUAGAUGGCAUUGAUUGCUGUAUUGGUACCUACAAUAACCAUGGAAGUUUUGGGGAGCUGGCCUUAAUGUACAAUACUCCAAGAGCAGCCACAAUCAUUGCUACCUCACCUGGUGCUUUAUGGGGUUUGGACAGGCUAACAUUCCGGAGAAUCAUUGUGAAAAACAAUGCCAAAAAGAAGAGAAUGUAUGAAAUAUUCAUUGAGACACUGCCAUUGCUUAAAUCACUAGAACCAUCUGAAAGAAUGAAAGUGGUUGACGUACUAGGAUCCAAAAUGUACAAAGACGGAGAACGUAUUAUUGCUCAGGGAGAUUCGGCUGAUUGUUUUUAUAUUGUGGAAUCUGGAGAAGUAAAAAUAACUAUGAGAAGAACCAAGAGUCAACUUAAUGUGGAAGAACAUGGUGCAGUAGAGAUUGCACGGUGUACAAGAGGACAGUACUUUGGAGAGCUAGCUCUGGUAACAAACAGACCACGAGCUGCUUCAGCCUAUGCUGUGGGAAAUGUCAAAUGUUUAGUUAUGGAUGUGCAAGCUUUUGAGCGAUUGUUGGGUCCAUGUAUGGACAUCAUGAAAAGAAACAUCGUAAACUACGAGGAGCAGCUUGUUGAACUAUUUGGAACAAACAUGGACAUGUCUGACCCCACUGCAUGAAGAGACAACAAAAAGUACAAACAUGCAAGGAAACUGUCAUCUUUCUGUAGAUGCAAUGUAUUUCUGUAACCUCUAUUUUUGUAUUAUUUUGCUUUAAGAAAUAUGAAAAAAUACUAAACAAACAAUAGCAAUGUAGAAGUUAUUUAGGCAAAAAAAAUAUUCAUACACUUCCAGGAUUCAUGGGGGAAUGCUUCAUAAAUCAACAGAUUUGUUUUCCUUUCCCUUAUAUUACCAGAAUUCAAGAACUAGUUCUUCAGAUUAUUUUUGUUCCCGUUUGGCAGGCUAAACUUUUUGUUUUUUCUAGCUUUUUUUUGUGCUUUAGAACAACUUCUUAGAUUUUUUUAAUUCAUUUGUCCCUGACCUAAUUUCAUUGUAAUUGCACUGUAAAUUGUCUUAGUUUUACAGUUUGUUUUGGGAAAUUUAAAAAGUGUUAAUCCCAGAGAAAAAAAAAAAAAAAAAAACUACUUUAGUUACAGUUAAUGUAUUCAUCAACUUGCAGACAUUAUUAUACAGGUUACCCAUACUUGUAGAUCAAUUAAUUAAAAAGUCACAUAGAAAUUCUAAUACUCCACAUUGUCCAUGGCAGUUGAUUGUGUCAUUUGUUUCCCCAAAACAUUCACAUACUUGAAAGCAACUAUAUAUAUAUAUAUACACACACACACACACACACACACACACACACACACACACACACACACACACACAAAAAAACAUUUACAGUUAUUUUUCUUAAAUGGAUUCUUCAGAUUAUACAGAUUUUUCUCAUCACUAACAUUAUUAACAGUUAUUUGAUAGAUUAAGUUUAAAAUUUGUUAAUUUACACCACAUACAUUCUUCAGGGGAAAAUGCUUUUCUUGGCUGUCUUUACCCAAUUCAAAAUGCAUGUUUUGUUGAACUGUUGUAGUUUAUCCCACACUUGCACUCCUAAUUAUACAAAUUAAUAAAUUCUGCCCAAGUUUCAGUAAGUGACACCUAAGUAAAAUGUAUUCUGUCUUUGCAGUUUUCCCCAUGAAAAUAUUGAACCACUUAGAUUUUUAUUAGCAUGCAUUUUAUUGUGGUUCUACUGAUGGACACUGUUAUGUGCACUUUCUCUGUCAGUUCCAAAAGUAUUGUUUCCAAAACAAAUGUUUAUAAAAAAAGAAUCUUUAUGUUGCAUCACCAACAAUUUUUCUAUCUUCACUAUGAUAGAUUUUUUAGAGCAACAAGGAUGGGCCCAAUACUAUAGAAAAUAUUUUCAAACAUACAUUGAAAGAAAGGUACACUAUUUUAAGUGUAUUAAAGGUCAAAUGUAAGUUUUUGUUGUAAUG